AUGUGCAGAAAAGAAAAGAAAGCGCAGCGUGCGGAAGCACGACGUGCUGCAGUGCUGGUGGAGGCGGUGGCCGCGCUCUCCGACCACGGCGUCUGCGUCCGGAAGUGCUACAUCUCCUCCGACGAUGGCCUCAGGUUCAUUGGACGGCGUGCGACAACGCCGGCCAAGGAGAGGAGGCUCUGCGUGCUUGAGCUCGUCGGCGACGACCGCCCGGGACUCCAAUCCGAGGUGUUCGCCGUGCUGCACGACCUGCGCUGCGGCACCGUCGAUGCCAGGGCGUGGACACACGGCGGUCGCGUCGCCGCGCUGGUCUUCGUUCGCGAAGAGGACACUGGCGCGCCCAUCCACGAGCCAUCCCGGAUCAGGCGCAUCGAGUCCCGCCUCCGGCACGUCCUCCGCGGCGGUGCGCGCGGCGUCAGGACGGUCCUGGUUGACGCGGCGGCGGUGCGCAACCUGGACCGGCGGCUCCACCAGCUGCUUAACGAGGACGUGGAGCCCGGCAGGCGCGCUCCCGCGGAGGAGCCUGCGUCGAUAGCGGCCGUGAGCUGCCGUGACCGGCCGAAGCUGCUGUUCACGGUUCACCAAGAGGAGGUGGGGCAUUAGCGAGGAGGGAGGCGGCGUCCGGGGCAACGAGGCCACGAGGGACUAUUUGCGGGACUCUGCGGUUCUGCGGGAUGGCCGGUAGACAACGCGGCCUGACCGCUUCGGCCCGCUCAAACAACGCGGUCAGCCUAGCGGUACCGCUCGGGCCUUUUUUGCGGGGCGGCGUAGCGGCCUAGCGGGACAUCCCGCACCGCUUGCA